AUGUUAGCAUUACAUAUGGUUGCUUUUUAUGAUUGGAGUUAUGGAUUGUCUCUUGAAGAUCUUGAAAAAAAUGAUGAAACAGUUGAUGUAAUAUUAAUGAAAAAAUUUGAAAAAGCCUGUCAAAUAGUACCUAGCAUUGUUAAUAAAUUAUCUAAUAAAGAUAGUUUAUAUUUUUAUGGAAGAUAUAAAUGUGCUACGGAAGGAAAACCUUUAUCUAAAAAUUGUCCAAGUAUUUUUGAUAGAGUUGGUAGUAAUAAAUUUUAUGCUUGGGUAAAUGCAUAUAAAAAUUGUUUAACCAAAUCUAAAGCAAUGGAAGAAUAUAUUGAUAGGGUAGAAUCAAUAACUGGGAUAAAAUUAUCCGAAAAUACUAUUGUUAAUAAUACUACAAUGUCAGUUGAUAUGAAACCAUCAAAAAUGUUACAUGAAGAGGAAGAGGAAUUAGAUGAAAAUGCAGAUGACAAUGAAAAAUUAUUAUAUGAGUGGAAAAAAAUACUUCAAAAUAAUGACAUUAUUUCAGUUGAAAAAAUUUUAGAUGGUGAUAAAAAGAAUUUAUUAUUAGACUUAUGGGAUAAAACCCUUGGAAUGAGUGCCCUUCAUUUAGCUGCUGAUAGUGGUAGGGCAAUGAUAUGUGGAUUGUUAUGUUUGAAUGGAAUUGAUGUUAAUAAAAAAGAUGAUGAGGGACAGACACCUAUGCAUAUUGCCAUUGAAUGUGAUCAUGAAGAUGUUGCAUUAAUUUUAGCUAGACAUUCUCCUAAUCUUGAAAUUAAAAACAAUGAAGGAAAAUCGGUUUAUGAUUUACUUGAAGAAAAAAAAUUGAGAGACCUUACAAUGAGUAUUGAAAAAAUUAUGUUUUCUGAAAUGAAAGAAGAAGAUCAGAUUAAAUUUGACCAUUUUUAA